CAGUGAUCUCUCAUCAUUCCUUCACCUUCCCUCAACCUCCCUCUUAUCUUCCAUAUCCACUUCUUCUUUUUUCUUCUUCAUCUCCAUCUUUUAUCAGUAAAUACACAAAGAGACAAAUAUGGGGAAUUGCCAAGCUGUGGAUGCAGCAGCACUGGUGAUUCAGCAUCCAAGUGGGAAGAUAGAGAGACUGUAUAGCACAAUGACUGCAAGUGAGGUGAUGAGGAUGAAUCCUGGUCAUUAUGUGUCUUUGAUAAUCCCACUUCAAGUUCCACAUCAAGAACAACAGAAUCAACAGGACCAGAACACUGUGCGUAUCACCCAGGUUAAGCUGCUUCGUCCUAAUGAAACUCUCACUCUUGGUCAUGCUUAUAGGCUCAUCACAACUCAAGAAGUUAUAAACGUACUGAGAGCAAAGAAGCAUGCAAAGACAAGGAAGCCACCACAGGCAGAGUCACCAGUACAAGAAGGAGAGAAUUUUCACACGAGAAAGCCAUAUCAGGGAAUGAGGGGAGAGAGACAGAGGGUGAGGAUAAAUUCUAGAAGUGCAGUGAGGUGUAAGUCAUGGAGACCUUCUUUACAGAGUAUCUCAGAGUCAAGGAGCUCCACGAUGAAAAGUUGUGAUAUUCAAAGUGGUUCACACAGUAAUAUCAUUUGAUUUAUCAACGAAUGCCUCUCUGGCAUGGCAGCACCAGAUUCACCCCAGUUCCUGGUACCUAGCCACCACAAGAUUUCUGUUUCAUCAAACCAUGCUCCACUAGAACACAAUUUGUAUAGCUCCAAGCGAAAAAGAAAAGUCAUGAAUGUAUAAAAAAUCUGGCAGA